AUGUCGCCUGUGCUCAUCAGGAUCCAUUGUACUGCACUGCCCUAUUCAGCGUGUGCCUACAUUUCCAAGCCCAAGACAGCCUACCAGCCUAACACCCCGUACACCCAUUACAACGCAAUUACGACUGCUGCAGUUAACAAGGGCUUUACCGGUAGCAUAUGCGAUGGAAGUCCCUCGCAGAACACGCAAGGAUACUCCGUCGAAACGGCAACCCCCGUCGACGUGACGGGAUACACCGAGAUGUGGUGGCAGAAUGACGAGUACAUGGAAGGUUUCAUCGCCUCGCACGAAGGUCAUUGUGAGGUGUAG